CCGAUCAACAUUAUGGGGCAAAGCAAUUCCAGUACAUGAAAAUGAUUGCAGGUCGUUUUCAUACUUCCAGUCUAGUUUUCUUUCUGGAUGACAAAGCAGCAAUUCUGGUGGGAUUUGAAGGCGCUCCAGUCAGCGCUACAAGAAGACAACGUUCAGUUCUUAAAGCAGGCUUGGAUAAUCGAGGAUUGAACGCUUUAGAUCACGACAACAUACCGCAGCAUCUAACCCCUUCGAUAUCAAUUAAACUGAUUUCUCCUAUGGAUUUAUCUAAUGCUUGGCAUGCAGGACAAUCGUGCAUAAUUCUCAAAGACGCUAUAUUCGAGCACUCCACUGCAUUUAGACACGUUGCUGAACUUCUCACUCGUUAUUCGGAAGAUGACAUUGUUCGACCAAUGUUGUUUAUCGGAUCAGAUGGAGGACCUGAUCAUAACCUGACUUCCAUCAUGGUUAUGCUGAGUUACAUUGCUAUAUUUUUCGAGCUCGACUUGGAUUUUUUGUGUGCAGUGCGCACGCCUCCAAAUUUUUCUUUUAUCAAUCCAGCAGAACAAUUCAUGGCAGCAGCUAACAUAGCAUUGAUUGGAGUUUCGUUGUCUAGAAAUCAUCUGGGUGAAAAUGAAAAACUUGUGAAAAAUUUAAUGUCUAAAAAACAAUGGCGGGAGGCUCACGAGAAAAACCCUAACAACGAUUAUCCUCGCUUGGCCCUAGAAGGAACAGAAGAUGCCCGAAGGCUACUUAAAUCAAGAUUUGAGUCACUGCGCUACAAAGGAGAAAAGGUGAUCGUAUCUUAUGCUGCAAACGAAGCAGAGAUAAAUACGAUAAACGAUUUUCACACGGAUUUUUUUUACACGGCUUUUUUUACACGGAUUCUUGAAAUAACACGGAUUUUUUUUGCACGGUUUCUCGAAAUAGCACGGAUUUUUUUUUACACGGAUUCUCGAAAUAACACGGAUUUUUUUUACACGGAUUUAUUUUUACACGGAACGCAUCCCCCAGAUUAACAAAGACCCGGUUACUUUUUUACACGGAUAUUUUUUGCACGGCUUUUUUUACACGGUUUCUCGAAAUAGCACGGAUUUUUUUUGCACGGAUUCUCGAAAUAACACGGAUUAUUUUUACACGGUUUCUCGAAAUAACACGGAUUAUUUUUACACGGAUUUUUUUCACACGGCACGCAUCCCCCGUGUAAAAAAAGAAUCGGGUGUAUAUAUCCAAAAAAGAUUUCUUACUACUAUUAUGAACGU